AUGGAGAUGCCCAAUAGGCAGUUGGAGGUUCGAGUGGUUAGAGCUGGAUUCACCUACACCUACCAGUGCUCCCUCCUCUCACUAUCAUGGAUGGCUUCAGACAAUGAAUUUUUCUUGGAGUUUCUCCAGACACUGCUGGUUGGGUCCGUGGAAGAACUCUACGAAGGGCCACUGGCCCCCUACGAUAUCAAUCCCGAUGCCAAGGGUGCCAUGUCUGAGCUCAAAUCAUGCAUUGAUAACCUAGCUCCCAUGCACAAGGCUGAACUGGUCAAGCUUCUGGUGGUUGUAUUGGACAGUCAUGGGGGUGAUGCCUAGGAGCAGUUGAGAAGACCAAGCCAGCAUUGAAAGACCUCUACUCUGCCUCUGCCCCUGUUCUCCUGGCUGUUCCCAGCUCCUAUCCUCACCAGACCCUCCUCUUCUCUUGCCCCUCUCCUAAUGUUCCUGGGCUAUCACCACCCACCUCCAUCCCCCUCCAGACAAACCUGUCCCAGAUCACUUCAUCAAUAAAAUCUCA